AUGGCCAGUGACGAAACCAAAGAGGCAAAAAGCCUGCUGCAGAAACCAGAUUCAACAGAAGAUAAGCCUUCCGAAACACCCAAAGUCUCAUCGCUGCCGACUAAGACGGGCAGCACGGCGGACCAGUCGAAAUCACCACAGAAAAACAACAACAAUAACAGUAGCACCAAUGCACACAGCAGUCAAUCGAAAGCAUCGACACCAUCAUCAACUAAACUGGGCAAAUCAUCAGCCAGCAUAGAGAAGUACAACGAGCUCAAAAAGAAACUCACCCAACAAAUACUCAAAAAACAAGAAAUAACCAAUAAAUUAUCCAAGUUGGAAGACACGAUAUAUCAAAAGGAGUCCGAUUACUUUGAAGAAAGUUACUCAGGUAACAUAGUUAAAGGGUUUGAAAAUUUUUCCAAGUCGAGUGGUGGUGGAUCAGGAGGAAGUGGAGGUGGAUCAGGCACUUCGGGAUUUAGAAGAAAAAUGGUAUACACUGAAGAUGAUCACAUAUUCAGUCUAAGUUCAAUUAAUUUUGUGAAAAAUAUGGUCAAGAGGCAUGGCCCCGGUUACGCAAACGGAUCAAUAGGGAAUGGAACUGCUUCUUCUAUUAUCAAUUCUAAAGAUGAUUUCGAUGAUUACGAAGAUUCAGUCGAUCCGACGACGGCGAAUAUGGGGAUCAAACUGAACAAUACAGCUGCUGCUGCUGCAUCAGAAAACAAGAGUGAAACAAGUAGGUCAAGCACGCCUUCAAGAAAGAGAAAGGCGAGAACGAUAGAAGAUUGA